CCUGGAUUGACAUCUGACCACCGACAGAUUCCAGUUCCGCCCUUGCUUCUCGAACACCAGCAGAACGCACACACGCAGAAGCUCCCAUUCCCAAAGGGCAGUGCAGCUAAAGCAGCCUUAUUUGCUUGUUGCUCACCCCUUUCUGCACCUGCGCUCCGUCCACCUGCAGCUUCGCAUCAUCCUCCCCGCCCCCGACCAUUGCGCAUGUCUACAGACCGCUGCUAACUGCGGCUGCCGAGGCCCCCUCCAAUUCUCAAUUCCCCGUCCCGAAGCGACCUGACCGCCACAUCACCGCCGAAAAGCUUUAACCCCCCUCCGAGCGACGACAGGUCUCCUUACCGCAACCAUGGCCGACGAGCUUGACUCGCUCGUCAAGGGCGCCCCGCCUCCGGGCAAGGAGCCCAAGGCCGCCGUCGGCACCACCGGCGUCGUCCCGGACUCUGGCAAGCAAGGCGACCCGUUGAUCCAUACGCCGAGCUCCCCGUCCAUGAUCUACCUGAACCUCCUCAUCCUCGAGGCCUCCCUUCGCGCGCAGUACCUGGAGCUUCGCGCGCGCCGCCGCCAUCAUACAUUCUUCUUCACCUUGCUGACCGCAUGGAUCAGCGGUUUCGGUUACGCCCUCUUCUUCGCCCCGCGCGAGGAUGGUCGUGGAGUUGGUGGCUCCGUAUACUGGGGUGUCGAGACAUUCGAGAAGAUUUGCUUUAUGGGAGGCGUCAUGACCGCGAUAUUGGUAUGGGCUACAGGAAUAUGGGAGCGAGGAAUCAGGUGGCCACGCCGUUGGUUCGCCAUCUCCAACAGAGGCCUUCGAGGUUUCAAUUCUAAGCUGGUUAUUAUCCGACGACCUUGGUGGGCCGAGUUUCUCUCCACCAUUGGAUUCUUCCUGACCUACGGACUGUUCUCCCACACCGCCAGCUCAUCCUACCGCUACGUCGAACCAUCCAUCCUGCGCGAAGUCGAAAAGGAGCUGAGCCUCACCGCGGACAGCCACCCAACGCUACCGGUCCUGCUCGAAGACGAAGAAAAAGGAGGCCACGAGGAGGAUCUCGCACCGGGCGGAGACUAUGUUAAGCUUCUCCUGCUCGCGAAGCCGUUCACGCCUACAUUUAGAGAAAACUGGGAAAUCUACCGCACCGAAUACUGGGAAAAGGAGAACGAGCGCCGCGCCCUCAUCCAGAAGAAGCUCGCAGCACGCGACCGCCAGGUGGCCAAGCAGCGAUGGGGCAUGUUCUGGUGGCUGCCAUGGCACCGCAUCGACAAGGCCGGCCCGCCGCCCGCGCGCCAGCAGUCGCCCGAGAAGACGACGAUGCACCCCCGCGCCGCCGCCAUUGAGCGCGAGCACCGACGCCGUAGUAGCACUACCAGCGCGCAUCGCCGCAGCUCGACGAGCUCGAAUCGCAGCCUCGCACCAUCUGUGGCCGCGACGAGUGAUGACGGUGAUGGUACUGUUAGUAGGAAGGCUAGCACCGGGUCCAAUGCGUCGGAGAAGCGGAGGAAGAAGACGUUGACGAAGGCGAAGCGUCCCAACAUUGAGUCGAGGUCUGUCACGCCUGAUAUUUCGUCGCCGUUGGCGAGGGAGGGAAGUAUCAGUCGUGGGGAUAGCGGUUCCGGUGCCGAGUCUGUGGCGGAGAGGUCGUUGAGGCACUCUUCGUCCAAGGCUAGUAUCAGCUCGUCCAUCAAUUCGUUUCGGGAGAAGCAGCGGAAGGCUAGCGAGUCGUGAUUGCAUGAGAUUAUAAUGUACUUUACGAAGCGAGGAAGCGAACAGAUGAUAAAUGAACAUGGUACACAUGCACCACUAAUGCUAAUGGUUCCCUACCUCAUGCCUCGAUUUCUUAUUAAUGGCCCGACGCUGGGAAGGCUACCUAGUGAAAGAUGCUUAGAUGAAUAUGAGGCCUGAAUACAUGAUCUAUCUUGUCUGGCAUUAUCAAGUCGCCAUUAGUCUCAAUCUC